CACUUUUUCCAGUGGCACCUCCCUUCCUUCCUCGCGCACACCUUCACCUUUCACCUCGCCCGCCUCUGGUGAACCAAACUCCACUCGCCAUCACAGCGACGUGCGCAGUGUCCCGGCGCGGCUAAACCUAUAACUAACACCACCUCGACCCCCCGGCUACCUCAGCCCCAGCAGCCGAGGGAGACCGAGCAGAGACCGACCGACCGGCCGAUCGAACCCACCCACCGGCAUGAGAGCCUACUCGGCGGCACCGCCCGCGGCCGUCUCGCUGCCGUCGGCCGCGGCGCCGCCGCUCACCCCGGACGCGGCGGCCGUGCUGUCCCGCGCCGCGGGCGACGCGUCCAGGCGCCGCCACGCGCACACCACGCCGCUCCACGCGGCAGCUGCGCUGCUCUCCGGCCCGGCGCCGCUCCUCCGCGACGCCUGCGUCGCCGGCCUCGCGUCGCCGCACCCGCUCCGGUGCCGCGCGCUUGACCUCUGUUUCGCCGUGGCCCUUGACCGUCUGCCCACCUCCACGGAGCACCACCACGGCGGCCAUGUCGACGGCGCCGGGUUCCGCGGCGGCCCGCAGCCCCCGCCGCUCUCCAACGCGCUCUCCGCCGCGCUCAAGCGCGCGUACGCGCACCACCGCCGCAUCGGCGGCAGCGCCGUCGAGCCCGCCGGCGGCGACGACCACCGCGUCGGCGUGCCGCACCUCGUGCUUGCCAUCCUCGACGACCCGUCCGUCGCGCGCGUCAUGCGCGAGGCUUCCUUCUCCAGCACCGCCGUCAAGGCGGCCAUGCUCCGGUCCCUCUCCGACCCCGCGGCCCCCGACUCCGGCGUCUACGUCAGCGCCACCAGGUCACUACAGCACCGGCAGGCACCGAUCAACCGCGAAGAGGAGGUGGCCAAGGUGGUGGACGUGCUGAAGAGGGGCAAGAAGCGCAACCCGGUGCUCGUCGGUGACACGGCGGACGUGGACGCCGUCGUGCAGGAGGUCGUCGCGAUGAUACAGCGCCAGCGCCUCGGCAAUGCGCGGGUCAUCGAAUUCGGCAACCUGGCCGACAUGGAUAGGUCAGAGCUGGUCGCCAAGAUCAGGGAGCUCGGCGAAGCGAUCACAUCAGAGCUACUGGCGCCGGCGAUGGUGUCGCAGACCGCCGGUGUCGUGGUCAACCUCGGGAACCUCCAAUGGCUCGUCGAGGAAAGAUGCGCGGUGGCCUUUGGCGAGCCGCAGGAAACGAGGAGGGAAGUGGUGCUCGACACGGCGCGCGCCGCGGUGGCCGAGAUGGCACGCGUGCUGGAGCACUCUGGCGGCGAAGGCGAGCGGCGCCGCGUCUGGGUCAUCGGCACGGCGACGUGCGCCACCUACCUCAAGUGCCAGGUGUAUCACCCAGCGCUGGAGAGCGAAUGGGACAUCCAGGCGGUGCCCAUCACGCCGAGACCACCGCAGCCGCCGUCGCUCGGGCUCUCGCCGAGUGCUGGAGUCAAUCGAGGCAUCCUAAGCAGCUCGGUGGAGGUGUUGUCGUCGGCGAUGACCGGUGCAACGACGCACAGGCCGGCGCCGGGCAUGUGCAACGCCUGCGUGGACGGCUACGAGCGGGAGCGUGCCGACAUGCAGUGUGCUGAUGCGGCGAGCUCCCUCAACCCCACCGAGAAGACCAUGUCGCGGUGGCUGCAGAUCGGGACGCCGGCCAGCGCACGGCCGCAGCCCAUCGUUGGUUUUCAGGACAAGGCGCGGGACGCAGAUGAGCUGUGGCGUCGGUGGCUGGACCGGUGCGCGCAGCUGCACUCCCAUGGCCGGCCGUCGGCGGUUACGUGCUCUGAGUGGAACGGCGCAAGUGUUAUCGGCAGCAUGCAGGCGACGCUGGCGGUCAGGCCAUCGGCGCCGGCUAGAGGCACUGUGGUGGACACCGACCUCGCGCUGGGGACACCGGUGCCUUCGACGACGCCGGCAUCGGCAUCGGCAUCGGCAUGGGACACGGACGAAAAGGUGCUCGCCAAACGGCUCACGGAGGCGGUGAGAUGGCAACCGGAGGCUGCGGCUGCGGUGGCUGAUACGAUCGUGAAGGCUAGGCUCGGAGGCGGCAAACGGCGACGACUAGGGCCAAAGGCCGACACGUGGGUCCUCUUCGCCGGCGCCGACAUGGUCGGGAAGAGGAGAAUGGCUGAGGCGCUCUCAGUGGCGAUCUUUGGCGCUGGCCCCGUCACUGUGCGCCUCGGCUGUGCAACAACCGGCGACGUCGACGGCGGGGAAGAAUCCGUCGUGUCGUGCCGCGGAAGGACGGCGCUGGACCGCGUGGCUGAGACCGUACGUGCCAACCCGUUCCGCGUCGUGGUGCUCGAUGACCUCGACCACGCCGACGACGUCGUGCACGGUGCCAUCGUGCACGCCAUCGAGUCCGGCCGGCUCACGGACUCGCACGGCCGAGACGUCGCCCUCGGCAGCGCCAUCUUCAUCGUCAUGUCAAGCUGGUCGUCGUCCGCGUCCGGUCAGCCUACCGACUCGGCAUGGAACCUGGAGCUUCGGGUCCGGCGGCGCACGACGCUGAAGCGCAGGCCGGAGCAAGAGCUCGACGGAUACCGGCGCGUGAAACCACGCAAGCCGCUCCCGCUUGACCUGAACUUGUCCAUGUGCGACGAUCACAUCGACGACGGCGACGAGGACAGCGGCAGCGAGGGGUCACGUAACUCGUCCAGCGACCUGACGGUGGAGCACGAGCAGGAGUACGCGCAACCGCCCUCCGCCGCCACGCGCUCGGCACAGUCCAAUGUGCACGAGCUCAUCCGAGCCGUCGACGGGACAGUGGUGUUCAGAUCAGUCGACUUCGGGCCUCUCAAACGGAGCGUCUCCGACGUGGUAUCGGCCAAGUUCGGCGACGCCGCCGGCAGUGGUGGGUGGUCCGUGCACGUGGACGCCGGCGUGCUGGACAGGCUGGCCGGUGCCGCGUGGACGGCGGCAGGAGCAUCGACCGCCACGGCCACGUCGUUGGAGUCGUGGGCGGACGAGGUGCUGUGCCCUAGCAUACGGCAGCUGAAGCGUAGCUUGAGCAGCAGCGACGUUGACGGUGCAACGACGGUGAGCUUGUCGGCCGUGGAAGGCAUCGGCCGUCGAAGAAUGGACGGCGAUGUACUAUUCCCGACGUCGGUGACGGUCGCCGUCGACGGAAAUUGACGCGCGCAGUCCGGCGAGCACCUUGUUUUUGGUUUGGUCAUUAAUAUGAUCAUGGUCGGUGUACAUUAGUGCUUUGUAAAUCCUCAGCAUCCGAGAUUAAUUAGGCACGGGAUUAGAAAUUGUAUGUUCACAUUUCCGGUUU